CAACACCGCACAUUGCAUUCAUUGAGCGAGAGGAAAAAAAUUUUAUCGAGAAAAUCCGGACGAAACUAAAAAACUUGUAUUUAUGCCAACGCCUGGAUAGUAUUGUCUACAGUGAUUAUAUGUUAUGGGCUAACGUGAGUUGAAUAAUAGGCAUCGACCAUGGAUGAUGUCACUUUUGUUGGACUUUAUUAAUUUCGAACUUCAGAAACUGUCGGACGCCUUAUUUACAUCGCUCUUAGGCGUUCUGUAGGCUGUGUAUCGCCGGCAAAGAGUGAAUUUCUAUUACAGUUAUGGAUCUGCCAAGCAACAACCAAUGUAUUGUGAACUUCAGAUGAAUUGUACUUCCCAGGGCAGAAAGUCAACUCUUGGGACAGCACACGAAGAAAAUGGAUGACCCAUUCAAUUUGGAAGAUGAUGGCCUCAUGCCUUUCAUCCACCGGAUAAGCUCAGAGCAAAUCAUCUACAAAUCUAAAAAAAAUCAGUGUAAAUUCAUUGGCAAAUAUGUCAUGGGAGACUUGCUAGGUGAAGGCAGCUACGGUAAGGUUAAAGAAGUCCUUGAUACAGAGACACUAUGUAGGAAAGCUGUCAAAAUACUGAAAAGGAGGAAAUUAAGGAGAAUACCAAACGGAGAGCAAAAUGUUGAAAGGGAAAUUAAACUACUGCAAAUGUUGAAUCACAAAAAUGUGAUUCGUUUAUAUGAGGUCAUGCACAAUGAAGAAAAACAAAAAAUGUACCUCAUUUUUGAGUAUUGUGUGUCAGGAUUACAAGAGUUGAUUGACAGUACUCCUUUAAAGAAAUUUCCAAUUUGGCAGGCCCAUGGGUACUUUUGUCAGCUGAUUGAUGGAUUGGAAUAUUUGCACAGUCAGGGGAUCAUUCAUAAGGACAUAAAACCAAGUAACCUUUUGCUCACAACAGAUGGGAUGCUAAAAAUAUCUGACCUUGGGGUGGCAGAGGCUUUAGACAUGUUUGCUGUGGAUGAUCUGUGCCAAACAAGCCAGGGAUCACCAGCAUUUCAACCACCAGAAAUUGCUAAUGGAUUGGAUUCUUUCCCAGGAUUUAAAGUAGAUGUGUGGAGUAGUGGUGUAACUCUGUUUAACAUUGCUACAGGCAAAUAUCCUUUUGAAGGGGACAAUAUUUUCAAAUUGUUCGAAAAAAUUGGUGAAGGUGUUUUUGAAAUUCCUGAAGAGGUCGACGAGUUAUUGGGUGAUCUUCUCAAAGGAAUGCUUCAUAAAGAUCCAUAUCUACGAUUCUCUUUACCGGAGGUCCAGCAUCAUGGUUGGUUUAUCAAGAGGCAUCCGCGAAAUGAGCCGUCCGUCCGCAUUCCACCUUUACGUGGAGACGAAUGUCGAAAUAUGACGGUACUGAAAUAUCUGGAGUCCCAUCAUGGAAACAAUUCAGAUGAAGAUGAUUGUAGUGAUUCCCACUACUUCACAGAACAUGACUUAACAGCUCAAAGAUUACAACAAGAAUUGCAACAGCAUAUGCAGCAACAAAACAGCCGGAGUGCUCCCUCUAGUCCUGGGACAAGCUUCUUUGGGUUUGGACAAAGUGCAGAGAUCGACAUUAUUCUAGAUGGAGCUGCAACUAGAAGGACUGCAGAAGUUAAAACCGAAGAUGGGAAAAAAGAGAGGCUGUUUUUAUUUUUUGAUGGAGAAAGCCUGUCAGGAAAGGUUAAUAUUACACUCAAGCGACCAGGCUACAAAUUAGAACAUCAAGGCAUCAAGAUAGAAUUCCUUGGACAGAUUGAGCUUUAUUAUGACAGAGGGAAUCAUCAUGAGUUUACUUCAUUAGUUAAAGAAUUGGCUCGUCCUGGUGAACUUCAUCAUAACACUAGUUAUGAUUUUGAUUUCAACCAAGUAGAGAAACCUUAUGAAGUCUACACUGGGACUAAUGUCAAGCUCAGAUACUUCCUGAGAGUGACAGUUGUUAGAAGAUUAACAGAUUUGGUCAAAGAACUAGACUUGGCAGUGCACACUCUAAGUUCUUAUCCAGAAAUGAACAGCAGUAUCAAAAUGGAAGUUGGCAUAGAGGAUUCCUUACAUAUUGAGUUUGAAUACAACAAGUCUAAGUACCAUUUGAAAGAUGUAAUAGUGGGUAAAAUCUACUUCCUUCUGGUGAGAAUCAAGAUUCGGCACAUGGAAAUCGCUAUCAUUCGAAGGGAGACUACAGGUUCUGGACCUAAUGUCUUCAAUGAAAAUGAAACCAUUGCAAAAUAUGAAAUUAUGGAUGGAUCACCUGUACGAGGCGAAAGCAUACCCAUUCGAGUCUUUUUGGCUGGUUACGAUCUUACACCGACCAUGCGAGACAUAAACAAAAAAUUCUCUGUGCGUUAUUACCUCAAUCUAGUUCUCGUUGACGAAGAGGAGCGCCGCUAUUUCAAACAACAGGAAAUCACCUUGUGGCGAAAAGGAGAUAGAAUACGUAAAUCACUGCAAAUGGCGCCAGUACCAGUGACAACACCGACCAACGGUGAGAAUGAUCAGGUUCAAGCGUUUGAGAAAAUCCCAACACCCGUCAGUGAAGAAGCUUCACCAGUAGAUUCCUCCCCAGAAAAUGCUCCCUUAAAAGGUGCUCCUCUUGAAGACGCUCCAAGAGAAGAUUCUUUUGCUGAAGAUGUUCCCACAGAAGAUGCGUGAAAGAAUCAUAGGGCGCUUCACCAUCUAAUUUCCCAUGUUUAUACGGCUUACCCCAUCUCUAUUCUCUACCGCCCGUUUGAACGGUUUUACACCGCAUAUACUAAAAUUCAUGACGGCCGUAGUAAAACUCGAAGAUCAGUUGGAUGUCAAAUCAUUGUAACAGACCUACGUGGCAGUUUCUUUUUCUCUUUAGCAUUCCAAAUUGUUUGUUUAUUUUUUCAAAGAGUUGAAAGAAAAUUUAUCUGAAGCAAGGCAUUUGUCCAUCGGAAUCUUGAUUGUUUGGGACAAAGGCACUAUUUGAAACAAGAGGAAUGAGAAAGGGGAGUACCACAAUAAUCGACGUUUCCGCCCUUAUUAGUAACCACCAAAAAAAGAGUUGCCGAACAGCUGGGUAUGUUAUCGUGAAUUUUUUUUUUACGAGCGUGGUUUAUUAAAUGCCUACCUUUCCCCCAUCGCCUAAUUUUGUAUGAUACUGCAUUUUCUUGUGUUUUUCUGAUGGCCCGAAUUUUAUCAAAUAUCAGUAAAGGCAAGUAAAAAUCCGAUUACGGUCUCAAUCUGUUAUGAAAAGUGCGCAACUUUUUUAUCGAUCAGCAUAGCCAACUUGUUUCUUAUUUUCUCUUUCCUAUUUCAGUUUGAGUCGUAGCAAGUUUUUCUUCAAUUUCAAUUGAUUUUUCCAAUCCUUAUUUUUUUGUGUCUUACACCACCUCCUUAAUUCAAACUGUAUGUAGAGGUUGUGUGUGAUAAGGCCAUGAAUAGAAAUAUAAUUAGAAUUGUCAGCUAA